UUUGUUUGUGUUGGUGUUUGUGUGUACUGAACACGAAACACCACCGACUGUGCUCAAUCGACUCAAGCGUGUUUAUACACAACCACUUAUCGUUCUUUUCGAUUCUAAGGCUGAACUCGAACGGACGUAUUUCAAACACAAAACACAGCCAACUAGCAACACAUUAGCCAUUGUAAUUUUGCAUGCAAAUCAUCUUUGCUUGAUUGUUUCAUCGAAAUACGAAAAGAACAAAUUGAAAAUGCCACGUGCACGCAAAUCCAUUGUUGCAUUAUCGGCUGCUGAUAGCCACUCAGAAGAUGAGCAAGAGCCGGAAGCAUUCGCAGAAGAUUCAGGCGAAGACUGGAAGCCAGAAGAAAAGAAGGGCAAAGCGGGCAAAGGUAAACGCCGUCAGCAAUCAGCACCAGUCACGCCAAAAGGCCGCGGCGGAAAGAAAUCGAAGAAAAUCGAAUCGGAGGAAUCCGAUGACGAAGUUGACGACGAAGUGGAAUCGGAUGACGAUGUCAAUGAAGAAAAUGUUAAAAAGACUGACAAAAAGUCCAAAGUUACGGUUGGUCGCAAUCAACCAGACAAGAACGGGGUAUUCGAACUGAAUAUGUUCAAAAAUGAUUUGACAAAGGAAUUUCGCAACGAUGAAAAGUUGUGCAUGUGGCGGCGUGAUGGAGCUAGUCUGCUCCAAAAGUAUAUGGUUGUCAUCGACGAAUCCAGCAACGGGAAUAUCAUAUUCAAAGCGUCAUCGGUUUAUUCGUGCUGGGAAGAAAAACGCCGGCAUGACUUCUUCCAGAUCGAAGUCAAAGUGGUUGGCGAUAAGAAGGAAAGUAAAGUGAAAGUGCUGGACGUGGCAGAAUUCGAAAGAUUGGCUCUCGAAGAUCGUCCAAAGAUCGACAUCACCCCGCGCGGUGCAAUUGGUGGCGAGAACUACGAAGAAAACUCGGAAGAUGACUACGAAGAAAAUGACGACGAGGAUGAUUAAAUCAAAAUUGAAUUCGGAGCUAACUCCGAAGUGGCAUCGACCACAUACAUAAUCAGAAUUUAAUUGAAUGAAAAAAUAUUACAAUUAUAAUUAAAGUUUAAUAAACGCAAUGCGUAUCACAAAAUUGUACCACA